GUAGUUAGGAGGUGUUUCCCGCCCAACCGGCAAGGGGCGCGGGUCCUUUAAGCAGCGGGGCAGAGGCGCGGGCGGAUGUGACGUCACAGUCCCCUUCCCUCGCCUCGCGAGCUCUACCCCAGAAGCGGAAGGUAGCUGUUGGCAGGGGCGGGCGGAAGGCGGAAGUACGGCGCGGAAGGGUCCCUUGGCGGAGGGGACCCCCGGGGCUGCCGCGGGCCAGCUGCUGCAGGCCGGGGCUCUUGGGGGAUGGGGCUGAGAAUGGGAGCCCAAGGGGUCAGCUGGGCGUCGGACACGGGGGCAGCUGCUGCAUGUGGAUCGAGCACCCCUGCUGAGGUCAUAUAGAACGUGUCCCUGCCCCCCCCCCCCCAUCUUCCUGGAGCCCAGCGUUCCUGAAGGCCAUUCUCUGCCUGGGAAGCAGAAGAGAACACGUCUCUGCACACCUGUCUCUGAGCCAGCCCUGGCCAAAGCUUCUCCAAAGAACCAUGCGCGGUUUGGGACUAGCUGGGGCUGGCAGGUCGGCUGUUAUUGCUUCCAGAGCCCCUGGGGAAGAUGACUUGUCUCUGGACAAACCUUCGGCCGAGGAGCAGGGGAAUGGGCUGGCAGUCGGCUGUUCUCCCCUUCUGACCCCUUCAGGACCCAGCAUGGUGAGCGCAGGCUACGCUGUGGAUGGGAGCGACAGCUGGAAUAGAAGCUGUGACCCAGCGCGGCCCUUCUCAGCUGAGGAUGAUGAAGACAACGUGCCCUUUCUGUGCUCUGGCAGCCCUGGCCCCCAGCUGGCCGGGUCCUGUGGCUGCUGAGGAGAGAACAUGGAUCCCCCCCAGGCUUUAUCUGAGAAGAGGAACAGCUCAUGCAGUGCGAGCUGUCAGCGGUGGGUUUCGGAGGCCUCUGGUGCAAAAGGCAGAGCUGACCCGAAGCCACAGGGCUUGUGGCGGGACCCUGAGGAGGACAAUGGCACAUCUGGGGCCCCCAAUGACCUGUGCGAUGCCGGCCGGGGACCAGGCUGCCGGAGGAGUGGAAGACGGCGGAGGCACUGCUCUGCCACCAAGGACAGGGAGGAGGGGGCAGAGAGCACCGGACGGGAAGGCAGGGCAGGGCACAAGGCACAAGCAGACGCAGAGGAGGAGCCAUGCGGACAGGCGGCUCCACCUUCGCGCCGAGGAGCCGGGGCACGCAGGGGAGCUGGUCCGGCUCUGCCUGUCUUGCGCUUGGACACUUGUCGACCUGCUGGUGCUAGUCACCCACAAGUGCCGCACAUACGUGGAGGCCAGGGCGCGGCUCCUAUAUUCCUGCUGCCCUGGCUCUGGGACCUGAGCUCAGCUCAGGCCAGUGUGAGGACGUGGGGCCAGCAGCUGUGGCGGAGGAUGGUGGGCAGUGUAGCCCAAGCCGGGUGCAUCCUGCAUUCCUGGGGGACUAAGGCAUGCCGGCUGCUGCGGAUGCUUUGUACCCUGCUGCUGCCGAUGCUGGGCCUGGGCCUGGCCCGUCUGCGGUUGUGCUGGUGCAGCGCCAAGGGCGCACUGCUGGCGGGGGUGGGUAAGCUAGGUGGGACCCAUGGUGUGGCACGGCUGCUUGCGCACCUAGAUGCACACUUCCUGCACAGGACAUGGACCUUGUUCAAGGAAACCAGGACUUGCAAGUAUGUGUGGGGCUGGCUGCGGAAGGGUGGAGCUCCCCUCUGGGACACCCCAAAACUCAGGACAGAGGGGCUGGGAGGAGAGGCUGGCCCUGAUAGGGGUGCGUCCAGCGCAGCCGGGGACUGCCAGUCUGGCAAGGAGGUGGCCCGGCUGCUGGCCAUGGCAGAGGUGCCAGAGGAGGAGCUGGACCCCUUCCAAGUGCUGGGCCUGGAGGUGACGGCCACAGAUGCAGAGCUGAAGAAGGCCUAUCGCCGGCUAGCUGUGCUGGUUCACCCUGACAAGAAUGAGCACCCGCGGGCAGAGGAAGCCUUCAAGGUGCUGCGGGCAGCCUGGGAUGUUGUGAGCAACCCUGAGAAGAGGAAGGAGUAUGAGUUCAAGCGGAUGGCGGAGAGCGAGCUGAGCCAGUCCAUGAAUGAGUUCUUAACCAAGCUGCAGGACGACCUAAAGGAGGCCAUGAACACCAUGAUGUGCAGCCGGUGUCAGGGGAAGCACAAACGGUUCGAGCUGGACCGGGACCCGCUGAGUGCCCGCUACUGCGCAGACUGUGGUACGCUGCACCCUGCUGAGGAGGGUGACUUUUGGGCCGAGUCCAGCUUGCUGGGACUGAAGAUCACUUACUUCGCUGUGAUGGACAGGAAGGUCUAUGACAUCACAGAAUGGGCUGGCUGCCAGCGUGUCCCAAUCUCUCCCAACACCCACCGUGUCCCCUACCACAUAUCGUUCGGUUCCAGGAGCUCCAGCAUGGGUGGACGCCAAAGAGCCUCCUCAAAGGGCAGCCCCGCCUCGGCCGCUGACCUGCAAGACUUCUUCAGCCGCAUCUUCCAGGGCAGCCCUGGGCCGAUGUCCAAUGGGGGCUUCUUCAACCCAUCCCAGCCACCGCCGCCGGGGGCAGCAGCUACACCCCCAAAGACAGAUGGUGCUGCCCCCAAGGGGGAUGCGAAGCCCAAGAGACGGAAGAAAGUGCGUCGGCCCUUCCACCGCUGAGGGAGGCAGCUUGGACUUGUCCCUGUGGGAGCGAGCGAGAUUAAGCCCCUUGUUGCGAGUGGCAGGCGGGCAGCCAGGCAUAUCCUGGGCCCGGGGAGACUGUGCCCUUCCCCAGGCACUAUAAGGGCUCUUUAAAUAAAAAAAAAACCUAUUAUAUUUUA